GCGGGAGGAGGCGCGUCGCUCGGCCGGGCUCAAAACUCUGGAACCUCAGAGAACCGCUCACGAACCACCUCGCUCCCGAAUAAGGAACUUGUCUCAGUGGCAGCAUCUUUCACGCUUGGAAAUAAUCUAAUUACGUGGCAUCGUCGAAGUGGAGAUGGAUUUUUACGAAAGAGGAAAAGGAACUUGGUGCCGUCGUCCUUCAUGAUUUUAAAUUGUUAGCUGAUAAUCGCUGUAACAUUUGUAUAUUUUAUUUCGCUCUCCCUUUUCAUUUCCUUUCGCGGAAAAUAUCACUCGGCAGAAAUACAAGGCUAAAAAGUACACACUACCAGAUGUUUAAAACGACCUGAGUUGAACCUCGAUAAGUAUGCUUAGUUGAACUCGAACCCAUUUUUUGGGCCGCUUCGUGAUGUAGGUCUCGUCUUGUCGUAUUGAUGCCUGGUCGAGAUCGCUGUGAUUUGGCAUUUGUUUGGCUUUUAGCGAGACACGGGCCACGGUCUGCACAUGAGAACAGUGACGUAGAUUGUUCCAUGCAGUGAAGAAUUAUUGAUCCACACACUUGCUUCAGCGUUUCACAUUCUCGAGUUUUUCUUAUGGGAAUGACCCGGAGUGACUUACAGUGACCCGGAGUGACUCACAGUGAUCCGGAGUGACUUACAGUGACCCGGGGUAACCUACAGUGACAAAACCCAGUCCAAACUAGACACCCUCUUGGCGUAAACUUCCUUAAUCUCGGUCGCCAAAUGUUGUAAUAAAUCUACAGUGAUUGUGACACCGUACGAGAGGGCAUUACACGGUGCUGAAACUUCCAAUGUAAACUUGUAGAGCCGUUUCAACACCUGUAAUAGGCCUAACUUCCGAACGCAUUAUGGAUGGACUAAUUAUGUACUGAUUACAUACGAAGAUUUCUACGCCGGGAAGCAAGGUCACAUGGAAGCGUCCUUUGCAAAGGUCACAGAAGUGAGAGAAAGAAGAUGAAGACUGUAAUCAGCUGACAAGAAUAAAGGACAAUCCAACAAUGCUCGUGUUAAUCUUAUAUUUUCUUAUACACCCUGCGUGGUGCGCUAUCUUGGACGAUCAAGUGGGCGGCCACCAGCAGCAUCAGCAUAAUUCCCUGCCGCCCUUCGUCGACAUCCUCCCCCCCGGCCCGUUCUUUGACGUCGAGCGAUCCGGAAACGUGACGGCGCUCGUGGGUCGUCCGGCGAAGCUCAACUGUCGCGUCAACAAGAUCGGCAACAGGACGGUAUCCUGGCUCCGUCACCGCGACACUCACCUGCUGACGGUGGGCCGCUACACCUACACCUCAGACCAGCGGUUCCGGGCAGUGCACACCCCGGGGUCAGAGGACUGGGCACUCACCGUCGACUUCGCCCAGAGCCGCGACUCGGGCAUGUACGAGUGCCAAGUGUCAACCACGCCCCCGAUGAGGCACUACAUUUGGCUCAAAGUUGUGGAACCAGAGACGCACAUCUUUGGUGGUCCAGACAUCUUUAUAAAUAACGGGAGUAACAUCAACCUAACAUGUGUGGUUGAGUACACACCCGAACCACCAACGUUUAUCAUAUGGAAACACAACGACAAGGUCAUAACAUACGACAGCGACAGAGGCGGGGUGAGCGUGGUGACCGAGAAGGGCCCGCGGACCACCACCAAUCUCCUGGUCCGCGGGGCUUCGGCAAAGGACUCGGGGACUUAUACGUGUAACCCCAGCAGCGCUCCCUUAGCCAAAGUUAUCGUCCAUAUCUUAAAUGGAGAGCACCCAGCGGCAAUGCAGCACGGUGGCCAUUCCCCCUAUGAAGUCUCCGCUUUUCUCUUGUCCUUCGCCUUUGCUUUCGUCGUGGUAUUCAAGUAGGACGUCGAAGGCAGAGCAAGCGUCCUCUUGGCUGGGUUUAAGUGAAGCCUGGGUCUACGUGAAGGCUGGAUCUUCGUACAUGCUGGGUCUACAUAAAUGCUGGCUCUACAUGGAGGCUAGAUUUACAUAAAUACUGGGUCUACGUGUAGCUGGAUCUACAUACACGUUGGGUCCACAUGAAGGCUGGAUCUACAUAGAUGGUGGGCCUACGUGAAGCUGGAUCUACACAAAUGCUGGGUCAACAUAAAUACUGGAUCUACAUAAAUGCUGGCUCUACAGGAAGGUUGAAUUUACAUCAAUGCUGGAUCUACAUGAAGGCUUGCCCUGUGUGACUUUUUUUGUGUACAGGUCAUGUUUAAUGAGAAAAUUCAAGAAUUGAUAGAUGAACUCGUGGUUCUAUUGAAUGUUUGGUGGUGGCGUUCAAGUGUGGGAAAUUCAAGAAGAAAACUCAAGAAUGGAUAGAUGAACUUAUUAUUGUUAUUAUUUAUACGUGAUUGCCAAAUGCUGUACCACCACCGUGAUACGAAAAGUGGAAGACAAAACGAAAAAAAAAACAAAAGUUUUGGUGUAUGUGUAUUUUUCAGGGGCAGGGGGUGGGAGGCACUGCUGUCUCCUCACGAUGACGAGAAGGAGAUCGUAAGACUUCUUGUGGAUCCUUGUGAGAUAUGGAUCCAGCGUCUUCAGUUGAAGAUUCCAGCGCAAAACUCAAUAAAAAAGGAACGGGAAAAUAGAAAGAAUGAAGGGAAGAGGGAAAUGAAUGAAUAAAGAAAGGAAUGAGGGAAGAGAGAAAGGAAGGAAGGAAUAAAGAAAGGAAGGAAGAAAGAGAGAGAGAAAGAGAGAAAUGAAGAAAAGGAGAAAACAAGAACUGCAUACCACACAGCAAGUCUUAUUGAGGUAGAGUCAAAGUGAUAACAAUUUUGCAUUUCAUUUUUUCUGUUUCGACUUCAACUCGUUUUGUGUUAUGUAGUGCGGGACCCAGCAAAUUAUACUCGAUAGUGAAUGCCAUAGAUAACGUCCUGUGCCAAAGAAAACAAAAGAAAACAACGAGAGAGAGAGACAUUAAAAAAAAAAAAAAAAAAAUAUUUUACAUACCUAUAAAACCCAGUGGUGGUGUUUCUAAUAGCCAAGGUUGGUUUCCCAUUAACAAGGGGUGUGUUUUAGAACCUCCUGGUUUUCUCAAAGGACCCGACGUGAAGACAAUAGACAUGUGGAAAUUGUAGAUGUGAUCUAGAACGUAAAUUGCAUUCAGUGUAGUAGUGCUAGUACUGAUUUUCAUACAUUUGAUUGUACAUAUAUAUCUUACAUUACAACGGUACACGUAUUGCAUUAUGAUUGUACAUACGUCUUACAUUAUGAAUCACCAGUUACAAAUUAGAUGUAAUUAAUUUCUUUUACACAAUUAACGACAAAAAAAGAGAGAAAAAGGCAGCACCACAAUAGCUUCACAGGGUUAAUGAUUAAGAUGUAUAAACAAAACAGUUCCGUGAAAUAAUCGUAGAAUUUAAUUUUCUCUGUAUCAAGGUUGAUUGUGAUUUCGUUAUGGAGGAGGCGGGCGUACGAAGAAGACUGGUACGCGACAUACCCAAAUUAUGGCGUAAAUUUAGACAUGCUUGUGUGUUUGGCUACUAAACAUGUGCUUAUUGGAGGUAGAGACAACAAAACGUAUUUCAGAAACGAAAAUAGGAAUAACAGUGGAAGAAUUAUUGCAACUGUGUUAUGGAGGUGAAUUUGAUAUAUAUUGUGGUGAGAAUCUGUCAGAAUACGAUAUAUACAAUGAUUUCUCGUAGACAACAAAGAAAAUGAAUAAGUAAAGAAAGAAAAAAGGGAAAGA